AUGCAGGUGGAGGGCUCUGUAGAUUUGGGAACCAUGCCGCCUGACACAAUGUAUCAUAUGUUCCUGGUAUAUGACACAUUGGUUCAUAGUUAUGAAUGGUAUUGCUUAAUCUUCCUCCGACGUGCGUCUACGGCGCCCACUUCUGGUCUUGACUCUGGUGGAUCCAGUUGUUGGCGCUGGGUCCACAGAGACACAGUUGGCUUCGAAAUAACUAAUCUUGAUAUUUCGGCACUUGUCCUGAAACCUCACGUUCCUUUCCAGACCUCUGCCAUCUGUUCCUUCUCGCUGGGCAUUCUGACGCUCACGUCCGGCGCAGUUGCAAUCGGGGUCGUAGGCAACUUUACCGUGCCUCUUGUUGUCGGCAGCAUUCUCGUUGUGCUCGGCGUUUUGAUAAUCAUAGCCGGUGGAUUCGCCUUCAGGAAGUACUCGAACUUCAGGAAGAGACAAAAAAGGGAUAUGGUGGCACAGGUCGAACAAUUGGCCAUGGGAGAAAGAACUAUAAAAGCCAUGUUGGUUGACGGCGGAGAGUCGAGUCCAGUCCUGGUUCCGAACGACGGCUCUGUGUUGCCCAAGUCCAUUGCAAUCCGCCUAGAUGAAGGAUAUGAUGGCUCGCCGCUCCCCGUCAUCGACAUGAGGCCAGGCUUGAUCGUGUUCUUCGGGGUGCGAGGGCGAGACGGCCGUGAGGUGUCCGUCUGCAUGAGGGACUUGUUCUUCGGCCAGUUCAGGUUCUACCCGGGGAUGGUGCCCUUCCAUGGCCUAACCGUGAGUUUCUUCCUCAUUGGAGCUGUCUUCCUCAACUCGAUCAUUCUCGUCCUGACUCUCUCGUACCCGCCGGACUCAUCGGCCUACCAAAUCAUUAGUGGCCUCGGGACCGUUGGAGCUGUCUUCAUUUGCCUGUCUGCGGGCUGCGGGUAUCGAUGCUACAGGGCCUACGUGAGGGGUCGCAGCAGCCAGCAGAACCGCGCCGAACGUGGGGGCUUCUGAAUUGGCGCAGAACCUAAGCUGCCUUUGGUCUCGAGUGCUUGUCGUUUAUUCCUUUUGAUGACAUUAUACUGUCCGUUUUGUAAAUUGUUUCGAAUACUUCCCAAUUGAUCUGCAUUUGCAUUUCAUUGGUAGUUAUGUUCUCAUCUUUUGUGAAAUAUAUAGUGGAAUUUAAAAAUGAAUAAAAAUGUAAAUACCUA